AUGGCAUCUAAAACUGAAAAGACCAUCCUCGAAGCCUCCAUGGGCAGAUACAUGAGAGUGAUAAGAAACCAUAAUACUCUUGAAGAGCUCAUUGCAGCCUAUCCAUCAUUGAAGGAAAAGUGCCUUUCUUGUCCCUCCGCUCUGACUGAUGAAGAACGGCGUGUAUUUCUCGAUCUUCCUGAUUUGGAUAUGGAGACAGCGAAUAUCAGAGCGGCGACAGCUCUUUCGCGUGCGGAGUUCUGGACGCCUAAGACAGGUGCGGAGCGCAAGGUGACCUGGGAACUCCUUUGUGAAACGGAAGAAAUAAUCAUGGGAGAAGAAGGAGCAGCAUUUUACGCAUCUAGAAACCCCGCCUUUCUUCCCAACGAGCUGGAAGCAUUUCAGGCCGGAUCCAGAGAGUGGCAUGGCCGGCCCACCCGUGCAAGAAAAAUGCAAGCUAGCGCCAUGGCCGAGGCCGCCCUGUCCGAUGCUCCAGAAUGGAUUCGACGUCUCUAUAGAGAGGGGAAGGACUUGUGGGGAAGAUUUUCUGUGUCAUUGGGAGGGUUCGUCAAAUUUGCGUUGAAGCACAAUGGCUCGAGGGACAUAAUCGAUACAAAAUGGUACAUGAUUCCGUUUAAUGCGCUGGGCUCUGCGGUUGUAGCACAUGCGUCUGUCGCAGGGACUGCUUUAGAUGCAAGUAACAAAAGCAGUCAACAGAAUGAUGUGAUACUCAGACGCGCCUUUCGCGAGAUCCUCCAGGAUCCCCUGCAGUAUGAGCAGAGAGCGGAUGUCGCACCCAGAACCUUAUUCGGUGGGCAAUGUCGGGCUGAUCUCUACAAGGACGGCAUACAAUAG